GGUAUAGAAGGACAGAAGGAAGGACCACAGAGAAAGGAAUAUGACGGGAAUAUAAAUGAAGUGCUGUUCCCUAAACCCCCAACCCUAACUUUUCUUCUCUCCCUCUCAACCCCUCCACCUCCUCCCUCCCCCACCUCUUCGCUCUGUACAAAAUCUCUCUUUCUUUCUCACACGAACCAAAAGAGUCUCGCUUUCACGAAAAACUGUGAGACAAAGAAAACAGACAGAGAUAUGGGAAAGUACAUGAAGAAGCCGAAGAUCACUGGUGAGGUGGCGCUGCUCAUGGAGCUCUCCCACUCCAUUGGCGUCUGCACCAGAGCCAAAGCACUAGCGCUCCAACGCCUCCAGAAGACCACUCCGUCACCGGCCGUUGCACCCAGCGCGGAUGCCUCCUCCUCCUCCUCCUCCUACCUCCAGCUCCGCAGCCGCCGCCUCCAGAAACCGCCUUUACUCAGAAAGCAACAACAGCAGAAACCCAGUGAGUGUUGCAGAGAGAGCCUUUCUGGGCCUCGGCCCAAUUCCAGGCUGGACGUGGGCUCGGUGGCCUCGUCGGGGUCGGUGAAAGGCAAGGAGGAGGAAGAGGACGAGCAGGGGUGUGUUGGUGAGUUUUGGAAGGGCGAUGAAGCAGAGGAGGGUAAUGAUUUGGGGGUUGAGGCUUCGUUUGGAGAGAAUACUCUGGAGCUUGAUGGCAGAGACAGGAGCACCAGGGAGAGCACGCCUUGUAGUGUAAGGGACUCGGAUUCCAUGGGAACCCCUGGUUCAACCACCAGGCGAACAACUUUUACUGAAACAAACCGAAGAGUUAGGAAUGACAUGCGAAGAAACAUCCCAACAGCACAUGAGAUGGAGGAGUUCUUUGUGUAUGCUGAGAAACAACAACAGGGAAUAUUUAUUGAGAAGUAUAACUUUGAUUUCGUGAAUGAUUUGCCCCUCCCCGGACGGUACGAAUGGGUGCAGAUAAUUCCCUAAACAAAGUUAAUUCACUCGGAGUUGCUAUUAUUUCUGGCUGAGCAUUUGAAGUGCGAGCAUUGAAAGGAAACUAGAGCUAAGGAGUGUGGUUUAAUGAUCUGUAACAUUACAGAGCUUAAUUACACACUAACCAGCUAAAAAUACCAGAAUCCUUGGUUCAAGAGAUUUGGGGAUUCAUUAGAGAGGAGAUUGGGUAGGGUAGUUUUUAGGGUUUCGAUAGUUUCAUGAAUUGUAAUUUUUAAGGGGUAUAUCUAAUUUACUAGAUUUGCAUUUCCAGUCUUCUCUUCUUAAUAUUUCAGUUUUGUGUAUAUUUUUAGGUAGGGAUUAACCAUGUCUCAUUGGAAAUAAAUAUAUGCUUGUCUUA